UGCGCUCUACAAAAAUACAAUGAAGUGCGAGUUACUUUCCAUUGCAAGCAAAUUAUUCUGAUCUAUAAUGGUAUUUAUGGGAAAAGGUAGAGGUAGAGGAGGGAGUCAAUUUAGCAGCAAAGGUGGAGGCAUAUCUGCUACAACUCGCAAAGAGAAAAGACAACAAGAUGAUUACGAUCGAGAUCGUUCCCGCUCCCCUGUAUCGAAGAGGCCUGUGUUGGAACGUCUUGGACCGCAGCGAGAUGAGAUGUCACCUUCACAUGAGUCUCUAAGGAUCACAGUUGGAAAUGAAAUAUAUAAAGAAGGGAAAUCCAAAAGUCCACUCUCAAGUAGGCUUGGACCACCACCCAAAAAACAUGAGUCAUAUGAUGACAUGAAGCAGCAUUCAGAUGAAAGAUAUGAUGAGUUGUAUGGUGGUGGAUCUGGUGAUGAUCGUGACAAAAGACAAACUAGGAGAGAUAGGUAUGAAAGUCCCCGCUCACCUCAUAGAGGUUCUCAUGAUCAUGGUCAAUCUGAUUCUUUUGACCGUGAUUGGAAGCCCAGUUCUUAUGAUCGUGACCGUGAUAGACGAUCAUCAUCACGUGACCGAGAUAGAAAAGAUCGUGAACGUGGAAGACAUGACUCACAUGAUCGCCACAGUGAUAGACGAGAAUACAGUAGCGAAAGAAAAGAAUAUAGUAGUGAAAGAGAUCGGCGAGAUCAUGGAAGUAGAGAUAAGGUUGAUAGAUAUGAUGACCAUUCACGAAGAAGUGAUUCAUAUGAUCAUCAAAGAAGAAAUGAACAUGAAAGAGACAAACCAUCCUUUGUCAGAGAAGAAUUUUCACAGGACACACAUUCUCAAGGUGAAUCUAUAAAUAGAUACAGAAUUCCAGAUUCUCAUUCUUCACAUGCAUAUUCAGGAGCUUACUCAUCCCCAAAUCCAUACAGUUCUUUGCAAUCACAACAGACUGCACCAGGAUCUGGUGAUAAUAAACCAUUAAAAUCUAUUUUGAAGAAAAGUGCACCUGAUCAACCAGCUUUCACUUCAGACAAAAAUGUACCAUUCCCAUCAAAUCCAUAUGGAGUUCCUAAGCAAAUAUUUCCAAUAGGGCAAACAGCCAGUGGUAAAAAAGGAUACCAAAAACCAUCAACAAAAUCGUUAUCUAGUCUCCCAGGAAUGUCCUCAUAUAUGGAUAUUGAAGAUGAGGAGAGAUUUCUGUAUGGUGAUGAUGGUGAGGACAAAGCUAAAAAAGAAGCUAAACUUAAAAACUACUAUGACAGAAGAGAACCUAAUGAACAUACACAUUAUCCAAAGGAGGAAAGACCCUCUGAACCAGGGUUUAGAUCAGAUGAUAGAUACCCUCCACGAUUUGAUCAACACAAAUCUGAUUAUCCCCCAGAAAGAGAUUACAGGGGGCAUGGUACUCCACAGCAAUUGCCUCCAAAAGAAUCAGAUCUCCUGAGUAUUUUUACAAGUCAAAGAGGACAGACAAAUCCCACAACAAGUACAUCUUUUUCAGGACAUCAGUCACAAAGCACAUCCCCAGCAGAAAAGAAAGCCAAAUAUGAUCCCACUAUAGAAAACAUACUGAAGUCCAUUGGUUUUGAUUUUGAAAUGUCAAAGCGAAUGCAGGAAAAGGCACAUCCAACCCCAAUGAAACCAAAAGAAGAAAUUCAUCACUAUGGUAUUGAUCAAGCAUCAACAUUUCUUGGAGGGGAACUGUCUGAUGAUAUUAAAAAAGAAUUUUUCCCCAUGAAAAAUAAAAUUGAAAAAGAAUCAAUGGUUGAUGUUUUGUUAAGAGAAGCAAAAAUGACAUCACCUACAAGUGACAAACUAAAAUUAAGGAUAGAUACUGUGUCUUCUAGGGAAAGAAGGGACUCUGUACCUUCAGGUGACAGGGGUUAUACAAGGGAGUCUUACAGUGAUGAUAGAAGUAGACAUGCACCUGUAAGAGAGGUGUAUAGUGAUGAUAGAAGUAGACCUGCAGUUGUACCAGCCUCCCAGCAACCAUCACCACCUUAUGCAGUCCCAGCUAGCUCAUACCCACCAGCAUCUACAUAUGCUGUGUCUACAGUGGCUAGCACGUAUCCAGCAACAAGUACUGCAGUCUCAACAGCACCAUAUGCUGUAUCUGGGUUUUCCUCUUAUGCUUCCCAACCUGCAGCUUACACAGGGCCACCACCAUAUGGGAUGCCUCCCCCUGGUCAUCCUGGUAUGUGGGGACCACCGCCUGGUCAACCAAACUAUGGAACUAGAUUUAUUCCUCCCUAUGGUGGACCACCUCCAGGUUAUCCUCCAGGAUACCCACCUGGAUAUUCCCCAUACAGACCUCCCCCACCUACUUCAACAUCAUAUAAGGAUUCCUUCAAAUCAGUAGAAACAUCCAAAGGGAAAGACACUUUUACAACAACAACAAAAUCACUACCCAAGAAACAGUCUAAUUUGAAGACUGUAGAACUUAAGAAUAUGGAUGACCCUCCUAAGAGAAGUGAAACAAAGACUGUAACAGUCAUAAGAAAAGUGAAAAAAGGAGAAAAGGGAAAAUCAAAAGAGAAUAUAGUCAGUUCUACAACCACAUCUUCAAAUAGAACUGUAUUGCCACCUAAAACAAAAACUCUAAUGAAAAAACCUGAGAAAUCAAGUCCAAAGGCUACUAGUGAAAAACAGAAAAUAACUAUCACUAAAGUAAUCCUUACAUCAAAAGAGAAAGAGAAAUUAGUCAAAGACAAGGAACAUGUUCAACAGAGAUUAAAAAUAUUAGAACAAGAGUUAGCCUCCUUACGUAAACAACAGAAUGAACUAAUGAGGAAGAGAAGAAGACAAAAGGAUGGACAUAAAGAUCCAAUACUAAUGCAAAACAGCAUUCUACAGGAUGAAAUCGCUAAGCAAAUUACCAAACUGAAACAGGAAGUAGAAGAGAAAACAAAACUUUUGAGUGAGGCUUCAGUUGAAGACACACCCUCAACCCCUAAAAGGUCUCGUGAAUCAUCAGCUUCUAGGCAAUCUCCAUUGGCAACUGAAUCAUCUGCUAAAAAACCAAGAACAGACAAAAGAUAUAAUGAUCGCAGCAGAGAAAAACAAAAAUUAGAUACACCAAAAAGAAAAGAUGACAUUGGUUCAAGAGAAAAACUUAAGCAAGAUGACCGUCGAUCUUCAUCUGUUACUAAAUCAUCAACAGAAAAAAAAGAGAAACCAAAGGUAGAGGAACAAAAACCUAAGACUGUUGCACCUGAAUCAACUCCAGGAAAGGAUACAUACAAACCUAUAAAACCAGUAAAGAAGAUAAAGUAUGAGUUCUUUGAUCCAGGAAAUCAUUGGUGUCGUACCUGUAAUGUUGUAUGCUCUAGUUUGACAUCUUUAAUGCAACAUCUUCAUGGAAAAAAACAUCAAAAUUUGGUAAACAAGUAUGACAGGCCAUGGCUGCCAGAAGAGUUGAAGACCCAAAAACCAAACAAUGAGAAAACAGACAACAAGGAAGAUAUCAAAGUAGAAGUUACUCCAAUAAAAGGACAAGAGUUCUUCAUGGCUACAAAAGGUUAUUAUUGUACUUUGUGUAAAGAACAUGCUGGAGAUGAUAUCAGUGCUGAGCAUCACAUUAAAACUGAGAACCAUUAUCUUAAGUAUCAGGAUUACCUGAAAGAAAAUCCAUUUUAUGAACAAAGAUUUAAUCUUGAUAAGGCUGCUGGAAUGUCACUAAUGAAAGAAGAGGAGAAAAAAAUGCAAAAAAACUUACCAAAGAAAGAGGAAGUGAAAAAACAAGAUGUAAAAAAUGUACCUAUAAAAGUUGAAGAACCCAAGGAAAAGGAUCCUGCUGCAGAAGCAAGAAAAGUUGAGCAAAAGAAAAAAAUGCAAGCCAUAUGGGAUAAACAUAUUAAUAGCAAACAACAAGAGAAAACUACCAGUACACAAAAUAAAAAUGGACAAAAUGAAGAAGAAAAGGAGAAAGAGAAAGGAAAAAUACAAAUAAACAUUCUUAAUAAAACUGGAUUCAAACCUAAACAAGCCACCCCUCCUCCAAAGAAAAAUCCUGUUUUACCACCAUGGAACCCUGUUUCAAAAGAACAAAAAAAGCAAGCAGCAAAAGUAGAACCAGUGAGAAAAGCUUCUGUAGAAAUUAAUGAUGAACCCCCUUCUCUUGAUGACUUUAUAACUGUUGGUGAAAACCAAAAAAUACCAGUUGUUUCAGAAAAAAGGAAAAUGAUUCUUGCACAAAGUUUGAUUGAUAAAGUACAAGCAAAGAAACAAGAAACACUAGAUCAGAUUGAAAAAGAGGCUGAGGAGAAAAAAGAAAGCAAGGCAGAGGAAAAUAAAAAUGCUGAAAUAGAUGAAAAGAAAGAAAUAGACAAAGAAGAAAAUCCAAUCAUUAUCAGUGAGGAAAAGAAAGAUUUAGAUAUGUUGGCCAUUACAAGUGAUGAUUCCAUACCUGUUGAGGAGAUCAAGCCUCCACCUCCUCCAACUCAAAAUCUAUCUUUACCUACGGAAAAGAAUGAGAAAAUGGCUACGAUCACUUCUGAGGAAAUGUGUACAUUGUUUUUCUCAGAAGAUAAACAAAUUAUUGUAGCAACUGAUGAAAAGCAGAUUGUAAAAACUAAAGCUGAUGACUUGGUUGAAAUUGAUGCACAAGCCAAUGUCACAUAUAUGUCUGAUGAGGAAGAUAGCAAUAACAAGAGUAUCAUAAAGAUAGAGGAGAAACAACCAGUUCCACUUGAACUGGCAAAGGAUUCUGAUGUUGUUGUCAUUUCCAUUGACUCUCAGUCUGAUGAGAGUUGUGAUGAGGACACUACCAAGACAAGAGAAACAAUAGAAAGUAAGACAGAUGAACAGACAGAAAUGUCUGAAACAAAGGUUGAAAAAGUUACUGGAGAGGGAGUUGAUAAAGAGACUGAACUUAAAACUGAUCCUUUAGCUGUGAAAGAAAAUGAUGAAUCAGCAGAAAUACAACAUUUAUCUGUGGUAAUAGAUGGGAAAUCAACAAAUGAAAAAUCCGACUCCACUAGUGUUGAUACAGUUCAAGCAUCUCAAAUAGAAGUCUUAUCCGUUAGUCAAAAUGUUUCAAAUAAAGGUCGCAGGAGACCUCAAAAAGCUGAUGCAAAAAAUAUGACUGAAGUAACAAUAAUUGAUGAAAAUGAAGGAAACAUGAUUGAAGUAGUGAUGGGUGCAAAAGACACUACUGAGAAAAAACCUGAAAAUGUAAUAGAAGUAGUUCAGACACAUAGAAUAUCUCAGAUACCAGCACCAAAAGCAAUACCGAGAACAAGGGAGUUAAGUAAUUUACAUGAUGUUAAUCCAGAACAAGUUGAGGAAAUUGAGGAAAUAAAAGAUACAUCCAAGAUUGCAACUAAAAGUAUUAAGAAAAAAGUUAAACCAGAAAAACGCACACUUAAGAAAACUAGAUCAUAUAGAAAGAAGUCCAUGGAUAAAAAACAGUCUGAAAGAACUAAGUAUGUCCCUAAAAGACACUUACAAGUUGAUAUCGUCUCUAUAUCAGAUGAUGAAGAACGAAAUGCAAAGUAUGAAAAUGUAGACAGUGCAUCUGAUUUUUCUGAUCCAGAAUUAGAAAAUAUUUCAAGCUCAUCUGAGAAAUUUGUUUCAGAUAUUAAUGAACAUUUAGAAAAUGUCUCCAGUGACUCUGAAAUAGAUAACAAUGAUGAUGAUCUAGAAAAUAUAUCCAGUGAUGAAAUGGAAAGUAAUUUAAUGAUGGUUGAUGAAGUUGGUGAAGUUGAUGAUUUUGCUGAUUUUGACUUUAAUGAUGAUGCAAAUGUUUUAGACCAAGUUGGUGAUUCUGAUGAGGAAAUGGAAGUUAAAGUUAACCAGGGGAAUAGGACAAUGCAGAAAAUGGAACUAGAAAUUAUUUCUGAUACUGAAGAUGGUGAUUUUAACAAAGAUGAUGAUGAGAAAAAAGAUGAACAUAAUAUCACUGACAAAACUAAGGAAGGUGAAAAAGGCACUGACAUACAUAAAGAAGAUCAAGUUGAUUUAAAACCUAGCUCAGAGAAUGUUGAAAAUGUAUCUACAGAUAGUAAGUUGACAGGAGAGGAAGUAAAAACUAAGGAGAUUGAAAUAAAACCAAAACUACAAGAAAUUGGUAAUGAAAGCAAGUCAACAGUUGAAGCAACUAAGGCUGGUGAUGAUUUGUCUAAUAAAAAUGUAGAAGAAAUCCAUAAAGAUUCUGAAACUCAAAUCAACGAAAAUAAAGAUACAACAUCAAAACAUGAAAUCCUAUCUGAAUCUGAAAACAUUACAAUUGAUAUUUCACAAAAGGUUGAAGACAGUAAUGAUACAUCAGAAGAAAUUUCUAAAACUGACAUUUCAUCGUUGGAUGAGGACAACAUUCCAGCCAAAACAACAAGAGGGCGUAAAAGGGGGAGAGGGCGUGGACGAGGUGGAUCAAGGAGAGGUGCAAGAAGAGGAAGAUCAAGUGCUAAAAAACAAAAUGAAAUAGAGGAGAAUAUUCAUACAGAGCAAAGAGAAGCUGAGGAAAGCCAGGAAACUAUGGAUGUUUCAAGUAACAUUCAAAAUAUGGAAGAAUUAAUUGACAAUAAAGAUCAGAAUGAAUCUGAUGAAAAGAUCGAUGAAGCAGAACCAGAUACUUUAAAGACAACCCGAAGAAGGGGAAGGUCAGCUGCUAAAACACAUAGUGAAAGUAAAGAAGAUGAAGAAAACACAACAUUAUCUAUUCCUUCAAAUGCUCCAGAAAUUAUGAUAGAUAAUACUGUCAUUUCACAAACUGAAAACCAAGAAAAACCUGUAGUUGUGAUAAUUGAUCUGAGCAAGGAAUCAGGUCCUGAAAAACAAACUGGUAACAAUGAGGAAGAAGUAGUUAAAGAUGAAUUAGUGCUAAAUGAAGAAGAAAGAGCUGAUAUUGUUAACCAACAAAGUAGAGAAGAAACAACUACUUUAACUAUUGUGACAGAAAAUGACACAAAAUCAGCAAACAUUGAACAAUCAAGCGUUAUAUUGCAAACAGAAACAUUGGCUUGUGAGAAAGUUAUGGUUGAAACUAAGGAAACUGACAUUAAUUUAUCUGCAGAUAAUACAAGUGAAAUUGAAAGUGUGCUAAAAGAAAUUAUAAGCUGUGAUGAGAAAACAAUUGAGCCUGAAAUCAUUGAUUUAGACAGUGAUGACGAGACUGAAAAUGAAAACAAUAUCCCCGCCGAGUCAUUACAUACAGACGAAAUUGACAGCAUUUCUGGUAGAAUCGAUAAGACACAGAGUACUGAAAAUCCUGAACAAGAAACAAAACCUGAAUUACUAUUACUUGAACAUCAGAAAACAUCAGAAAUAGUUGAUACUGUGCAUGUGGCUAAUGCAAAAAAAGAUCAGCUUAUCUCGGGAUUUGAAGUCUUACAAGAUGAUGAAAAUGACCAGAAUGCAAUUAUUGUUUCUGCAAACGAAGAACAAACAUCAUCAGAAAUAGCAAUGGAAACUAGCACAGAAUCUAAUAUUGAUGAUAGUGACAUUAUACCUUUAGAAAUGGAGGAGCUAGUUCCUCUACAAAGUUUAAGUGAAUCAAUAGAAGAAAGUACUAAUGAAGUAGACAACAACAAACCUUUGGACUUGGACAAUAAAGAAGUGCAAGAAAAUGUUAAUCAACUUGAGGUUAAGAAAAUAGAAAUAGAGAAAACCUCUGACAUUAACCACCCUGAUAAGAACAUUGCUGAUGGGCAGAUGGUUGCAAUAUCUGAUAGCUCUAACUUGACGAGUGAAAACAAUCAGUCAAAGACACCAGUAUGUCUUGAAUUAAACAUUGACAAUUUAGAAACAUUCAAUUUAAAUAUGAAAUCUGAUUUAUCUGUAUCAAUUGACUCAUUUGAAAGCAAUAAAAAUAGCAGUGUUUCUGAUUUAGUUCAUUUAGAAUUGGGCAAUAUCGAUCAUUUACCAAUCUUGCAAGAAGAUCAUACUAGAGACUCAGACAAUGGAAGUUCUACUAGUGAAAUUAAAAUAGAUGUUGUGCUUGAGGCAAUUGACAGUCUGUGUCGAUUUGAAUCGCCUGAAAAAACUGUUCAUUCCAUGCAAAAAAAAUGUGGAGAAACUAAAACUAAACAGGAUGACACAGAAAUUUUCACUGAAGUAAAAGUAGUGAAGGAUGACAUUGAAUUAAGCAGCCAUGUGAAUGUUGAAGGAAAUGACCAAUCAAGCAGCCAGGAGAUUAUUGAAAAAGAUGACCUUGGAAAGGAUGUAGAAAAGGAUGACCUUGGAAAGGAUGUAGAAAAAGAUGACCUUGGAAAGGUUGUUGAAAUAGAUGACCUUGUAAAGGUUGUUGAAAAAGAUGACCUUGGAAAGGAUGUUGAUAUGAAGGAUAGCAGUGAAAGUAUUGAAAUCAGUUUAACUGUACACACCAGUGAAAGUAGCUUAAAUCAGGAUUUGGCUGUAAUGCCAACAUUGGAUGGAAAUGAGACUGAUAAUGAAGAAAUACAUGAUUUAGAACAUGAGGAUGCUGCCAGUGUAGGGAGCGGUAUAAGCAUGGAUAUGGGAAGUGAUUUUGAAGUGUUAGAUGAAUGUGAGUCAGACUGACAAAUUCUGGAAAUUAAGUGAUUCAUAUAGAAAAGUGAAUUUAGAUUUCAUCAAAGUGGAUUAUAACUUUUCAGCAAUCAAAAGAUGCUUAGUGUAAAUAAAGUUUGAAAAAGUUAAGUUUUAUAAAAAGAGUGCUUUGUUUAUUCUGAUUAGGAUUAUAGACCAUACACACUUAUCUGGAAGUUCUCUGCAUGUUCCUGAUUCUCUGUGGAAAAUUAUUGACCAAUCUAAAUAUGGACAGACAUAAGUUGACUAUAUAGUAUUUACUGUACAUUAAAGUGUAAGAAAUUUCUUAAAAUGUCUUUAACAGGAUACCAGAGAAAAUUUUAAUUUGUUGUAAAUAUUAACUUUUAACUUUUGUUGAGAUAAAAUGCAUGUUACAGUACCCAUUGCUUUAUAAAAUAUCCUAUUCACAAUUUAAGAACCAUUCCACUGUCAAUACUUCUUUCCUCACUGUUAUCGGCAAGUACUGAACUUGAUUAUUUAUCAUGUGAAAAUAUUUACAUCAUUUUAGUUAUAUAUUCUGGAUAGGUGAUCAUAUUCACAAGUUACAAUGCUUACAAAAGAAUUUCCAUUUCUCAUAUAAGUUGUAAAUGCUUCUUUCCUGAGUGUUACUAGCAGAUAACUAAGUGAGAUAUGUAAUGUGCAGAAACUUUGGCCACCAAAUAUAUUUCUAUUACUAAAUGUUAAAUAAUAAAGCAAUGGGUACAUACAAGUUUACUUGAAAUAUGUUGUUAGUUGUUAAAGAUGCUUGUUAUUGUAUGGAAUUCCAUGUAAAAUGUAAGUAAACAAAUUUGAUCUACAUAGUGUUCACAUUAAAGUUUACAAGGUUUUUAAAAUAUUGUUUGCCAAGUAAAUCCAUGCUUAUUGGAUACUUAAUUGUGUUCUAAGUGUUUAUUUAAAUCAUAAACCCCUUCUUUAAUAUUGCACAUUUGAAAAAUCUCUAAAAUCCCUGAAGUUUUCAUAUUAUUUUGGGGUUAUUUCAUGGAUAGAUAUUAUCCAACAUUAAACAUCCACAAAAUGUUUUCUUUAAGAAACUUAAGUUAUUUAUAUCCGGAAAUCAUAUUUAGAGACAAAACUAUGAUAUCUUAACUCUACCAAAUAAAAUUUCUUACAAUAAUACAAAAGAUACAGUGAAUAAAUAUUCAUGAAAUUCCUACACCAAUCACUUUUAUACAUGGUAUUCCCUUAGAAGUUCUGCUGAGACAUUGGAUACAAGAAAAAAUUACUUGAAACUCAUAAUGGCCUAUUGCAUGAUGGGUUCUAGUUCAAGUUCGAGCAAACAUUCUUUGCAAUAAAUUUAUUGUGUUAUUUUU